UGAAGUGGGCCUUUACUGUUGGUACAUCAAGUGGAGGGAAAGAUGGAUGUUGUUACACUUCCAAGAGAGAAUGAAAAUGCUUUGUCUCCAGUUGGGCCGAGGCCAAUGGAGUGGUCAACUGUUCCUUAUAAUCCUUCCCAAGCACCAGGGCCAAAUGGGAAACAACGGACAUCAAGUCUAGAAUCACCAAUUAUGUUGUUGACAGGCCACCAGAGUGCUGUAUACACGAUGAAGUUCAAUCCGAUUGCUUCUGGUUCCCAUGACAGAGACAUCUUCCUUUGGUAUGUGCGUGGAGAUUGCAAAAAUUUUAUGGUUCUUAAAGGGCACAAGAAUGCAAUUCUGGACCUUCACUGGACUAUUGAUGGAUCUCAGAUAAUAUCAGCCAGCCCUGACAAAACUCUCAGGGCAUGGGAUGUUGAAACUGGGAAACAAAUUAAAAAGAUGGCAGAACACAACUCUUUCGUGCAUUCUUGUUGCCCCUCUCGGAGAGGACCUCCUCUUGUUGUUAGUGGAUCUGAUGAUGGAACUGCUAAACUAUGGGAUAUGCGUCAGAGGGGUGCCAUCCAAACAUUUCCAGAUAAAUACCAAAUAACAGCUGUCAGUUUCUCCGAUGCUUCCGAUAGGAUCUUCACUGGUGGCAUCGACAAUGAUGUCAAGGUCUGGGACUUGCGGAAAGGUGAAGUAAGCAUGACACUUCAGGGCCAUCAAGAUAUGAUAACAGGGAUGAGUUUGAGUCCUGAUGGCUCGUAUCUCCUCACUAAUGGCAUGGACUGCAAGCUCUGCAUAUGGGAUAUGCGUCCAUAUGCACCACAAAACCGCUGUGUGAAGAUCUUAGAAGGGCACCAACACAACUUCGAAAAGAAUUUGCUGAAAUGUGGUUGGUCUCCUGAUGGAAGUAAGGUCACAGCCGGUAGUUCAGAUCGGAUGGUUUACGUAUGGGAUACAACUUCACGGCGCAUCUUGUAUAAGCUCCCUGGCCAUACUGGAUCUGUCAGUGAGUGUUAA